AUGAAUCAAAAAAAAAGUCCCAUUAAUAAAAUUUCUAAACAAGGAAAUGUAAAUGCUUCCUCAAAAAAUGGGUAUAAAGAAAGUAAUUAUCAAACCCCAAGUAAUAAAAAUGUUUUUAAAUUUAGCAAUAGUUUAAAUUAUAAUAAUUAUAGUGAUUUAGUAGACGGAUUGUUAUCGGAUAAAAGUCUUAGUAUAAAUAGAAACCAUAAAUUUUAUAAUAUAAAUAAUAAUAAAAGUAGAAAUAAUAUAAGAAAAAAAAAUAAAACAAAUAAUAGUAAUGACGAUACAGUAAGAGACGAAGAUGAUGAGGAAGAAGAUGACGACGACGACGAUGAAGAGGAAGAAGAUGAUGAUGAAGAAAAUGAAGAGGAUGAAGAAGAUGAAGAAAAUGAAGAAGAUGAAGAAGAUGAUGAUGAGGAAGAUGAGGAAGAUGAUGAUGAAGAAGAAGAUGAUGAAGAAGAAGAUGAAGAUGAGGAUGAUGAAGGUAGACAACGUUUUGAUAGAAAAAUGAGUACUGAUUCUAUAGAUGAAAAUAAUAAAAAAAAAAAAAAUAAUUUAUUUUAUAAAGAUUUAGAUAAAUCUAAUAAACAAAAUAAUGUAAAUACAAAAAAUGAAAAUUCUGAUUAUUAUGAUAUAUAUUCAAAUAUAUAUUCAUAUUAUGAUAUAUUUACUGAAGGUCAAAAUGGUUUAAGUAAAUUUAAAUAUUUUAAUAAUCUCUUUUCAAAUUAUGAUCAAAAAGGUGAAAAAAAUGACCCCCCUCAUGAUCAAAAUAGUAGUACAAAUAAUACUCCAAAUAAUAAUAACAAUGCUGAACGAUUUUCAGCAACACCUUCAUCUUAUAUUAAAGGCUCGGGUGCACCUCCAUCAUUUAACUAUCCACAAACACGUAUACCAAAUGAUAAAACAUAUAAAACUACAAAAAAUUUAAUAAAAGAAGAACGUGAAAAUAAUAACAAAUAUACAUCAGGACAAAGUAAUGAUAAUUCUUCAGUAAAUAGACAAAAUAUUUUUAUUGAUCAAAAUAAUUCUACUAAUAGUACAAAUAAUAAUCCUAUUAAUCAAAAAAAUCAAUAUUCAUAUUCAAACAAAUUAAAAGAAAAAAAUAAUGAACUUAAUAAAAAUAUUAGCAAUGGUAAUAAUACAAAAAAGAAAAUUAUUACAAAAAAAAAAAAAAAAAAAAAAAGUAUUACUGAAGAUACAAUUAUAAAUGAUAGAGAAAGUACAUUUUAUGAAGAUUUAAAAAGAAAUAUGACUACAAAUAAUAAUAUUAAUGAAAAUAUGACAGAAGAUAAUCGAAAUAAUUCUAGUCCUAACUCUAAUAACAAUAAUAUUUUUAGUUCAUAUGUAAACAAAAAUAAAAGUAAACUUUCUCAUAUAAAAAAUAUGGCAUCGACUUUUAUAGAAAAAAACUUUUUUUAUAAUAAUAAUAAUAUGUACAAAGGAUAUACAACCCCAUCAAAAAAUAACAAUAAAAUAAAUAGCUCGAAAAAUGAUGACCAAACAGAAAAUGCAAUAGAUAGUGAACAAGAUCAAGAUAGUAAUAUAAAUAGACGAAGUAUAAAUCAUGAAAAUAAAGAGAAUGAAGAGAAUAGUGAUAAUAAUUUUAGUUCAAAGGAAAGUAAUACUACUAAUCUAAGUAUUGACAGUUCAUGUUCUAUUGAAAUGGAUUAUAAAAAUGAUAAGGAAGUGUUACGAAAUUUAGAGAAAGAUUUAAAUUAUGAUAAGGGAAAAGGUAUUCCGAAAUUUUUAAAAAAUCCUGCAAAAAAACGAAUGAAUAAACUUAAAAAAAUAAUUGAAAUAUUAGAAUAUUCAAUAUAUAAUGAAGAAAGAAAAGGAAAUAAGUUGGAAAAAAAAUUAUAUCAAUAUGUAUUAUUAACUAGGAAUUUAAAAAAAGAGAUAUAUAAUUUAGAACUUACAAAUAAUAAUAGUAAAAAUAAAAUAACAACAUAUGAAAAAGAUAUUAUAAAAUUAAAAGAACAAAAUGAAGAAAUGAAAUUAACUUUAUCAACUUUUGAAAAUGAACUUAGUAAUUUAAUUAACAAAUUUGAUAAAAAUUUUGCAAAAGAAUUAAUUGAUACAAAAUCAAAAAAUGAUAUUUUAAAAAAAGAAGUAGAAAGAUUAAAAAAAGAAAUUGAACUUAAAAAUUCUGAAAUUAAAAAAAUUGAAAGUUAUAAUGAUAUAACAAAAAAAAAUACAUCUGAUUCUGCUGCAGUUCCUCAAUCUGAUAAUAUGAACUCAGAACCUGUCACUGAUCCUGUUAGUAGUACAUCUAAUAUUUCAAAUUCAUUUAUUACAUCUAAUCCAACAAACUCAUCUAUUCCUUCAAAUUCAACGAAUAUAAUUGGAUUUGAAAAUAAUACAGAACCUGCUAUACCUCGAAAUAAUAACAACUUUUCAAAUACAACAAAUGCUCAUAAUAAUUCUACAAAUACUUCCAACUUACCCAAUGCUACGAUAUCUCAUGAAUUUCCAUUUUAUUAUGGAUCUAGUGAAGAAGUUCCACAAAAUAAUGUCGACGAAUUUAUUGCAAAAAUAAAAAAUAAUAGAAUAAUUUUUGAUAAGAAUAUUGAUAAAUAUGAUGAAGAAACAAAAUCUGCAAUAUAUGGAUGUCAUAUAUCUAAUAUAAUUUUAGAAAAUCCCGAUAUUUGUAAUCAUAAAAAAGUUUUAAAAAUUUUACAAGAUCAUUGUGUUAGUGAGUCAAGACUAUUAAACAUUCAUAUAUCAUUAAAAAGAGAAAGAUGUGAUAAUUAUGUUUCACAAAAAGAAUUAGAAAAAGAGGUUAUUAGACAAAUUGAAAAUAUGAAUUUUGAUAAAAAUAAAGAUAAAAAUAUAUCAAUAAUUAAUUCAAUUGUAUUAACAUUAAUAUUAAAAAAUGUUCAUAUUUUUAAUUUAUAUAAAAUAUUUAUUCUAUCAUUAAAAUAUGAUAAUUUUCGAUGGGUAAAAAUAAUAAAGAAAUCACUUUUUUUGAAAUUUUUUGAUUUAUCUUUAAUUGAUUUUGAAAUAAAAAUUAAUGAACCAUCAAAAUUAAAAGAAACAAAACUAAUACAUAUAUUAGGAGGUACUAAUGCAGUUUUAAGUAAUGAAAAUAAUGUAGAAAUUGAAGUGAAUCAAAAUAUACAAUACAAUAUUAAACAUCCAUUAUUUUAUUGUCCUAAUGAAUUGCUAAAAAGAUUGAUGUAUGAAAUGUAUUUAAACUUUACAAAGGAACCAAUAAACCCUCAAAAUAAUGACAACAUAUAUCAUUAUAUAUUACAAAAGAAAAAUUAUGAUCUAUUAAAAUUGUUAAAGUUGUCAGGAAAAAAUAUUAACUUCAUAUUUAAUAAGAAUAGUGAUAAUAAGACUCCUUUAGAUUAUGUAGAAAAUGAAGAUGUACAUAUCGAUUUAAUUUCAGGAUAUAUAUUAGAUAUAGCUGGAAAGGGUGCAGAAAAUUAUAAAAAUUAUCGCUACGAACAAGCAUAUCAAUUAUAUUCAGAAGCUUUAGAAAAACAAAUUAAGUUAUCUAAUUCUAUUAAGUUAGGUAGUUCAAAAUCUAUGAGUGAAAAUAUAGGGAAGUUAUAUUAUAAUAGAGCUAGAACUUUAAUGCAUCUAAAUAAAUGGAUAGAUGCUAUAGAUAAUUGUAAUAAUUGUUUAAAAUAUAUUCCUAAAUAUAUUAAUGCAUAUGAUACACAAAUACAUGCUUAUGAAUAUUUAUUAGAAUAUGAUAAUGCAUUAAGUACAUAUAAAACAAUGUGUGUAAAAUGUAAUAUAAAACCAGAUGAUAAAGAAGAUAAACUCAAAGCACAAAUGAAUGCUACUGCUUUUCAAAUUUUAAAUAUUAAUAAAAAUUCAACAGUUAUAGAAAUUAAACAAGCAUUUUCAAAUUUAUCAAAAAAAUGGCAUCCAGAUAAGUUGGGAAUAAAUACAAGUGAGGAUAUUAAAAAAAGACAUAAUAAUCAUUUUAAAAAAUUAUUUAAAGCAAAACAAUUACUUUUAAAUGAUUUAGAAAGAUAUAAAGAGAAAAAGAAAAAAGAAACGAAUUUUGUAUAUCCUCAAAUUAUUGAUGAUUCAAGUUUAGCACAUCGAAAUGAAUCAAACAAUAAUAAUAAUAAUGCAGAAAGUCAAGAUAAAAAAUCUAACUUAAUCCCAUCUAAUGAUUCAUCAUAUGAUCAAACUAAAGAAAAUAAAAAGACAUCAGAUAUUUAUGAGACAUCUGCACCUGAUUCAAAUAAUGGAUUAAAUAAAAAUGGUAAUCCUGCAAAUCUGUUUAAUUCAUACAAAGAUGAUAUUGAAAAGUUUCAAGAAAAAUUAAAAAAUUUAAACAAAGGAAUUAAUAAUAAUGAUAAUGAUGUAAGUAAAAAUAUAAACCCAUUUAAUAACGUAUUUGAUAAUAAAGGGACUAAUGAAAAAGUUGAUGAAAAUUUUUAUAAAAAAUUGAAAGAAGAAUAUGAAGGUUUAAAUGAUGAUCAGCUAAAUAAUUUUAAAACAAAAAUAUCAAACUCAAUAAAUAAUCUAAUUCAAACUGAAAUUAAUUUAAAAAGAGAAUACCAAGAAUUAUGUAAUAAAGAAAAAAAUAAUGCUAUCAUGAAUGCAAGGUUAUGUAUUUUACAAGAAAUUCAAAAAGCUUUAUGUGUAAGAUUAGAUAAAGAAAGAAGAUUAAAAAUUAUUGAAACUGUUCUUAAAGAUAAAUCAAGUAAUAAUACUUCUACAUCUAUGCCAACAAAUAAUAAAGAAGAUGAAAAGGUUAAUGGAUAUCCUCAUCCUAGCAAAGCAAAUAAACAAAAUACUUCCACUGAAGAAGAAAUAUCUGGUGAUGUUCCAAAUGAAAAGAAUAGAAAUUCAAAUAAUGUCGAAUAUUCUAGUACAGAAGAAAAUAUAUUUAAAUCGAAUCAAGAAUAUUCUGAACAGAAUCAACCAAAUAAUAAUGUAGAAACGGGUUCUAAAACAGAAAAAGGAAAAAAUGAAAAUCAAAGUUUUGAUGAAAAUGAACAAGAUGAAAUAGAAGAAGGAUAUCAUAGUAGAGGAAAAUAUUAUGAAUAUUAUUAUGAUGAUAAAAAUAAUAGAUAUAUAAAAGAACAAAAUGAUGAAGAUUUUAUUAAUGAUACAUCUUAUGACCAUAAAAAAUAUCAUGAAGAAAUACAACAAGGAAAAAAUUACUAUGAUUCCAAAAGUUAUGAAAAUGUUAAUACAAAUUAUGACGACAAUUUAAAUAAUGAAAAAGGAGGGACCAAAAAAAAUGACCAACAUAAUAUUAGAGAAGAAGAUACAGAUAAUAUAGAAAAACGAAAUAUUCAAGAAGUUUCAAAUUCUAACAAAAUUAGUGAUUCAAAUGGUAGUAGUAAUAAUAUAAACUCACAAACAAAUUCCCAAACUAAUUCAGGGAUGAAUGACAAUGGACAUGGGGACAAUCCUGAUGAUUCUGGGGGAUCAAAUCGAAAAAGAAACUCAAAAGAUAAUUUAAAUAAAGGUUGGAAAAAUGAGCAAAUAAAUGAAUCAAAUCAAAUACCUAAUGAACAUACAAAUUUUUUAUUUAUGAGUGAAGAACAUAAAAAUAAAGAUGUAUAUAACAACCAUUUUGAUAAUAUGACAAACAUAAAACAGGGUAGUCAAGCCUAUAGAAAUUCAAACAACAUAUAUGAUUAUAUGUCUUCAGCAAAUAAUCAAUACUCUAAAAGUCAGGCCAUAAAUAGUAGCCAAACUAAUACGGAAGUAAAGAGUGAAUCAUACCCGUUUGGCAGUAAAAUCCACAUCAAUAAUAAUGAUACAUUUUAUGAGGAUAAAGAAAAUGCAAAUAUAGAAACAAAUGGAUAUGUAAAUAAGUAUCAUGCUAAAGAAAGAGUAACAUCUUCUGACGCAUCUAAUAAUGAAAAAGCGGAACAAGAUGUAACUAAUCAACCAGUAGGCGAACAAGAUAGUGGUGAAAAAAAAUAUACAAACUUUAACAAAAAUAAUCAAACAAAUGAAGAAAAUGUAAAUGAUUCUACAAAUAAUUAUUAUGAUAAAGAUUCUGUUUAUUUAAUGUAUAAUUCUAGAAAUUCUAAUCUUUUAGAUAAAAUGGGAAAAAAAAAAAAUGAAAAUUCUAUAAAUAAAACAGAUUCAGUAGAGGAAAGUGAUAAAGAGAGAGAAACAUAUUAUAAUGAAGAUAACGAAAUAAAUAAAUUAAAUUUUAAAAAUAAAAAUGAUGAAUAUAUAACUUCACAAAUGAUGGGAAGUAAUAAUAAUUUUUUAAAAAAAAUAUCAAGUAAUAAUUCUACUCGAAAUAUACACACAAUUAAUUCAGAAAGACUUAUUCAAAAAAAAGCUACUUACCCUAAUGAUAAUACAAUAAAAAAACAAACAAUUGAAAAAAGAAACAGUCAAAAAGUGUCAGGAAAUAUGUAUAGCAAUAAUAGUGACACUGAACAAGACCAAGAUCAAUAUAAUGGAGAAACAAAACAAUAUGAUUCUUCAUUUUAUGGAAAAAGUUAUGUAUCAACAAAUAAAUCAGUUUCAAAUAUAAAAAAUAGUUUAGAUAAAAAAAUUCCAAAAAAUUUUGAUAGUUCAGAAGAUUUUUCAAAUUAUAAUGAAAAUAAUAAUUUUUAUAAUAUCCAUAAUGAUGAAUAUAAAACAUAUCAUUUUUCAAAUGAACAACCGGAUCAAGAUAUAAAUUAA